AGCUCUUUAAUUUAAUGUUGUCUAAACCAAAACAAAACAAAAUUGCAAUAAUGUCUCAAGACGAUGAAGACUGGGAAAGGCAUACAGAGCAUAUAAAUUCGUUUCCAAACAUUAUAAACUUAAAUGUAGGAGGUAAAUUAUUUGCAACAAGAUUGACUACCUUACAAAGAUUCCCAGAUUCUAUGUUGGCUGUGAUGUUUAGUGGACGCCAUGAUGUAGACAGGGAUAGCGAUAACAACUUCUUCAUUGAUAGAGAUGGUACAUACUUUCAUCACGUUCUGAACUACCUUCGUGAUGACAUUCUGCCACCAGUCCACUGUGCUGAGGAGGUACUCAAGGAGGCACUGUAUUACGGAAUUGAUGAUUUGAUUGACAUCUUAAAAUCUUCUCCGUGUCUUUUUGCAGAAUAUACUGUGCGUGAAAAUAUUCGAAAAAGACUUGUUUGUUAUAAUUACGUUCGAGAUGAGCUUGUACGUUUGGCAAGACUUGAAGCCGAGGAGGACGAAGUUCUUAUUUCAAAUGUUAGACUCGUAACUACUAAAAAUCAACCGAUACCUAGAGAUUUGCAAUUUUCAAAGCAAGCAUAUAAACAAUAUUAUCGAAAAUUUAAAACAUAUGAGUCAUUUGAAAAGUGUUAUGGACAAUAUUACGUACAUAUACCAGCGGAGGAUGUUGUCGGACAUCCUGAUGAAGUGAUGAAUAAUGUUGCAGCAUGUUUGCAUCAUGAUUUGACACAUAUUGGGUACAAGUGUACCCAGAAAUCAGAAGGUUCUUAUGUUGAUCAUAAGAUACGAACUGUUACAUGGUGCGACGAUGAAUUUCAUGUGUGUAUGAGCUGCCAUGUGUUCAAAUUUGACUGGUUGAGUUUAAAUUCUACGUAACAUGGAAAAGAAGUUUGAUUAUACCUCAGCAUACUGAGGAUAUGUGAUUUAUGCUGCACAGUGUACACCUAGGUUUAUUUAUGGUUCCUACCAGAUAAUAAUAUUGCAGACUUCUGCAGAUGAAUGCUAGUAAUUAUGUCUCCCACCACACAGUGGUGUGGGAGACAUACUGAUUUACUCCUGUCUCUGUGUGUGUCUGUCUGUCACAAAUCUUGUCCGCUCUCUAAGUCGAACAUUUCUCAUCCAAUCUUCACCAAACUUGAACAAAAAUGUGUUUGCCAAUAAGUCCUCGGCCAAGUUCGACACCCAGGCACUUCGGAAUUAUGGCCCUUGAAACUUGUUUUUUGAUAAUCAAAGCACUGGAAGUCUGAUAAGGUAGUUGAGGUCUUGGUGCACGGUUGACUCAUAUACUACUAUUCAGAUGAUUAGGCAGUUGUGGGAGACAUGCGCUUUUCUCAAAAGCAGCUCUAGUUUUAGUUUGAGGAUAGUGCAAUAAAUAGAAAAUGCUGCAAUUUCUGAAGCUUCCUUGGUGUAAAGCACCCAUAUUACAGUACUCAACUCUUAUCUGAAAUAGUGUUAGUAAUUUUGGAUAGAAGAGCAUUUUAAGAUAGAAGAGAAGGAUAUCAAAGACAAAACUUUUGGUUUCAUAGUCCAUUAUGCUACAGUCAGAGAUUAUUCAACAGUUGUAUGCAGCCAAUUUUAUACCAAGGCUGCAGCAGAGGUUCAUUUAUGAUGUUGUAGAUUUGCACUUGUUUUUAUACUUAAUAGAAAGAUUAAACAGCUUUUAUAUACACCACAAUUUUGUCCCAUGCCUGUGUUAGAUGCUUUUGUAAAUUAUGUUGUGGAUUUGCGCACAAGUUGAAAUAGUAUUGCAUACAUUUGACUUAGAUAUUUAUUUGUUAUUGUUUACAUUUUGUUUUUAGGUUGUGAUAGUUCAUAAAGUGGUCAGAUUGAUAAGUAAAUGGUCAAUGAAUUCCAUUGCAUCACUUUUUAUCUUAACCUUGCAUUUGUUAUCAAGUUUGUUGUUGAGUUUGUUCACCUUAUUACAGAUUUAAAACAAUGUAUGGUUCAAGAUUUUUAUCUUUUACUAUCAAUUAGUUUUAAUCAGGUUCAUUGUUCUAUUUAUCUAAGCCAAGAGAAUCAUACCAACAUUAAAUUUUUAUAUUUUUAUCAUUAGAUUUAUUUAAGACAUUUAAUACACAUAUUUAUUAUACUACCAAAUAAAACAUUGGAGGCAUGUGCUCCAGUGCAUUGGUUUGACUGUCCGUCUGUAAUUCUAUUCCAGAAGUAUAUAUCUCCGAGACUGUUAUAUGAAUUUUCAAAUAACUGCAUAGAAAUGUUUUAUGACAAGAUACACACAUGACACAAGCCAGUAUUGUUUAUAUCAAGGUCACACUUUGAGGUCAAAGGUCAAAUACUCCUUGAAUAUGCUUCAUAUUGUCUAAACAGCUGGAAGGGCUUUUCACAAAAAAGCUUUAAUUGUUAACCUCCUUGAGACAAGGUGCCACACAGCACAUACCCUAAAUCCUUACCCUGAAUCAAGUAAAAAUUUGGGAUAUACAUGUAUAACACUUUCAGUGAAAGCUCUAGUAUUUGACAGGAUGUUAAUAUGAACCUUUUUUUGUAGACAAUGAAAUGGUUGUAAAUUGGUAGCAAGAUCAGGUAUGUUAUAUUCAGUUAGAGUUGAUUUUGCUAGGCAUGGACCAUAAGUCUCGCAAAUGGUGACUUUGAUCCUGCCUUGCUGAAUCCAUAAGAGCCAAAUGUGUCCUAGAUGAAGUUGCUCUUAUACUGACCUUUAUAUUGAAUACCUCCAGUCUUCAGGCUAUUUUUUACCAUAUUGAGACAAAUAGUUUUGACAUUGCCCAUGCAUCUGUCUGUCCAUCUUUUUGAAGACAUAUCUUUGUAAUGGUUUCUGUCAAAUAUCCUUCAGUUCCUACAGCAUCUGGAAAACUAAUAAAAUAGUGGCAUAAAUCGUGUGUUUCCAUGGGUUUCAAAAGGGGUCAUAAGAAUUUAUGUUUUUACCUGUGGUGCACCUGUGUCCACCAACUAUUCUGAGAAUGGCAGGCUGUGAUUAUCAGAUAAAAACUGGUAAUCAAAGUAUUCUUAUGACUCAUUGGCUUUUAAACUUUCCAACGAUACAUAAAUUUAACAUAACCUGAUUCGAAGAGAGCUCAAUAUAUUUCCACUGCCCUGUAUUGAUAGAUAUUAAGGGAAUUUAUGUCAUCUGCAUUGAAAUGAAUGGAAUAAACAGUUUAAUCAUUUCUUCCCCAGUUAAGGUAAAAUAGUGUUGUGCAUCACCUAUACUUGUUUUAUGAACACUUGUGAGAUAUUGUUGUAAAAUUUUAUGUAAAUACCAUCUUGUCAAAAACUCUUUAACAAAACAUUGAAAUGUUCUGAAUCGGUACACUCUCAUACAUAAAAAUUAUGUAUCAGUUUCUAUGUGAGCCGUGCCAUGAGAAAACCAACAUAGUGGCUUUGCGACCAGCAUGGAUCCAGACCAGCCUGCGCAUCCGCGCAGUCUGGUCAGGCUCCAUGCUGUUCACUAACAGUUUCUCCAAUUCCAAUAGGCUUUAAAAGCGAACAGCAUGGAGCCUGACCAGACUGCGCGGAUGCGCAGGCUGGUCUGGAUCCAUGCUGGUCGCAAACCCACUAUGUUGAUUUUCUCAUGGCAUGGCUCAUGUAUAUUCACAGUCAUUGAUUAAAGUUCAAGGUAAGUUAUGCUGUCAGAGUUAAACCUUACCCUGCUAUUAAUUUCUGUAAUGAACUUGUCCAUUUCUGUUUGGACAGUUAAAAGGGGUGCUUACCAUAAAGAUACUGACUAAAUGACAAACAGUGCAGAUCGUGAUCAGACUGCACGGAUGUUACGGCUGAUCAUGAUCAACACUCAGGUUACAAAGGUAGAUUCAUUCAUGUCAAGCAUGAUAAGGGUGAAGUCAGUGCAGUAUCACUUUCAUUUGUCUUGCAACAACAAAGAUAAUGAAAUAUUUUGCACAUACUGAUGGCUGAAGAAUGAGAAUACAGCGGAACCGAAAAACCCUCUAAACCUAACGUUUACUCUAGUCCGGAGAUUGUUCAGUUUAGACAGGGUUUUUUAGGUUUAGCGGGGUAACGUUGGUAGAAUGUGUGCUACAUCACAUAAAUAGUUAUAGAAUUAGCUUGCAAUCUGAUUAAUUUUAAAUCCUGAUCACAUUUAGUUACUGUAUGAGACAAACCAUUCAAUUUUUUAUGGAUAUUUUCUAACGUAUAGAGUAAAUCCAGGUAAUCAUAAAUUAAAAAGUGAAGUCCCGAACUUCUGAUUACCUUUAAAAUUGUUCAGUUUUCAGGGAUAAUUUUAUGUUUACAAAUAGAGGUUCAAUCUGGAAAAAUUGUUCUGUUUCUGUAAAAGAGAAGUUAUGGUUUACAUGGGUAUUUUUCAAAUGAAAUAAGAAGGUCAAAUAUUGGGACCAUUUCAGCUGAAAGACAUAUUAUGACAAAGCAGACAGUGAUAGAAAGUUAUUGACCUAAGUAAUCUCUUGUCCAAAUGUGUCACCUUUUGAAUGAAACACAAAUGAUAUCUUCCUGAACUUUAUGCAUGUUUUUGCCUUGACCAUGAUGACAGAACUGGUUUCAUAUGUAUUACCCUUUAUUUUAAUGGUAUAAUCUUUGCUGUUGUAAGACAAUUGAAAGUGACCUUGUAUUAUUGUUAUGUUAUUGAUUUAUCUCAGAUAGGAUAUCUUACCUUGAACUUGAACUUUAGUCAGUCAGUGCUUGUGUAACUCAAUAUACAUGAAAAUAGAUGCAUAUGUGUGGGAGUGUGCUCUUUUUACCAGGAUUUACAGAUCAACCAAGGUUAGGGUUUUGAACAUGUAACACUGUAGGCACCAAAACAGUGCAAGGAAAGUUCCCUAUUAAAGCUAUAACUGAGUCAGUGGAAGAAAUAUCAUAGUUUGAAUUGGUAUGCUUUCCAGAUGAAAAUAUUAAAUUAAAUGUUAUUAUUUCAUUAUUUUUAAAUGUGUCACUUUUAAUGCAACUUAGGCUUCCUGUACAUAACUAUGUCAAAAGUGUACUAGUACAUGACUUUGUGUAUUUUUUUGGCCAACUUACAAUAUUUUCAGCAGUUUCAGGUUAAGUCAUUUUAGACCAUUUUGACGCUUCAUUUAAAAUAUACAUUUCAUAUGUAUAUGUUUGAAAACCUCAAUGGGGCUCUUUACAUAAUGUAUACAUUUUAAAACUACAAAGAGAAGUCUUUUUAUCUAAAGCAUACUUUUCAAAACCUCAAGGGAAAUUCUUUACCUUACAGAUACAUUUCAAAACCUCUAGAGAAAUUCUUUAGAAAAAUCUUAAGGCCAUAAUGAAUAAAUUGCUCAAUUAUCAUACUGCCCUGACCCUUAAUAUUUUCUAAAAAAUCCUUAUCUCAUGUAUACAUUUCAAAACUUUACCUAAAGUCUACAUUUCAAAACCUCAAGGGAUAUUCUUUACCUAAAGGAUGCAUUUCAAAACCUCAAUAGAAAUUCUUUACCUAAAGGAUACAUUUCAAACCCUCAAGAUAAAUUCUUUAUUUAAAGGAUGCAUUUCAAAACCUCAAGAGAAAUCUUUACCUAAAGGAUGCAUUUCAAAACCUCAAGAGAAAUCUAUACCUAAAGGAUGCAUUUCAAAACCUCAAGAGAAAGCCUUUACCUAAAGGAUGCAUUUCAAAACCUCAAGAGAAAUCCUUUACCUAAAGGAUGCAUUUCAAAACCUCAAUAGAAAUUCUUUAUCCAAAGGAUGCAAACCUCAAGAUAAAUUCUUUACUUAAAGGAUGCAUUUCAAAACAUCAAGGGAAAUUCUUUACCUAAAGGAUGCGUUUCAAAACCUCAAGAGAAAUUCUUUACCUAAAUGAUCGUUUCAAACCCUCAAGGGAAAUUAUUUACCUAAAGGAUACAUUUCAAACCCUCAAGGGAAAUUCUUUACCGAAAGGAUACAUUUCAAACCCUCAAGGGAAAUUCUUUACCUAAAGGAUACAUUUCAAAACCUCAAGAGAAAUUCUUUAGCUAAAGGAUACAUUUCAAACCCUCAAGGGAAAUUCUUUACCUAAAGGAUACAUUUCAAAACCUCAAGAGAAAUUCUUUACCUAAAGGAUGCAUUUCAAAACCUCAAUAGAAAUCCUUUACCUAAAGGAUGCAAACCUCAAGAGAAAUUGUUUACUUAAAGGAUGCAUUUCAAAACCUCAAGAGAAAUUCUUUACCUAAAGGAUGCAUUUCAAAACCUCAAGAGAAAUUCUUUACCUAAAGGAUACAUUUCAAACCCUCAAAGGAAAUUCUUUAUCUAAAGUAUACAUUUCAAAACCUCAAGGGAAAUUCUUUACCUAAAGGAUGCAUUUCAAAACCUCAAGAGAAAUUCUUUGCCUAAAGGAUGCAUUUCAAAACCUCAAGAGAAAUUCUUUACCUAAAGGAUACAUUUCAAACCCUCAAGGGAAAUUUUUUAUCUAAAAUAUACAUUUCAAAACCUCGAGGGAAAUCCUUUACCUAAAGGAUACAUUUCAAACCCUCAAGAGAAUUUUUUUACCUAAAGGAUACAUUUCAAAACCUCAAGAGAAAUUCUUUACCUGAAGGAUACAUUUCAAAACCUCAAGAGAAAUUCUUUACCUAAAGGAUGCAUUUCAAAACCUCAAUAGAAAUUCUUUACCUAAAGGAUGCAAACCUCAAGAUAAAUUCUUUAUUUAAAGGAUGCAUUUCAAAACCUCAAGAGAAAUCUUUACCUAAAGGAUGCAUUUCAAAACCUCAAGAGAAAUCCUUUACCUAAAGGAUGCAUUUCAAAACCUCAAUAGAAAUUCUUUAUCCAAAGGAUGCAAACCUCAAGAUAAAUUCUUUACUUAAAGGAUGCAUUUCAAAACAUCAAGAGAAAUUCUUUACCUAAAGGAUGCGUUUCAAAACCGCAAGAGAAAUUCUUUACCUAAAUGAUACAUUUCAAACCCUCAAGGGAAAUUCUUUACCUAAAGUACAGGGGCGUAGGGAUGAUUUGGGCAUUGGGGCGGCGGAGGGUGUGUGUUUAGGAGGGGGGAGGGGGUUCCCCUCCUAUGAACGGGAAAAUUUUGCAUAUAGCUAGAGUGAGUGGUGAAUUGUGGUGACUUCUUGGACUGCUCAGUAUCUGUUGAACAUACUCGGGGGUUUUUUUUUCGAGUUUUCAUCCCUAUUUACAGUUUACUAUGUUUAUACACUGUAAUGGCGGUACGAUGUUAGAUAGGACAAUGUCUUGCCAGGGUAAAACCAGUAAUGUCCUGAGUAGGGGAUCGAGCACAAGAACCUGUCUUAAAGGGGUAAUCCAAUCCUUAUGGCAUUUUAGUCAUUAAAUGGCAUUAUAAAGGUAAAACGUAGUUCAUUGUUUUCUUUGAACCAUUGAGGGUUGAAUGAACGGAGUUCAGGUUUCUUUUUUCCAAAUGAUCGAUUUGGAAAUGCAAAAUUGCGAGGUUGAUUGGCCUUUUUAUACUUUUAUGUAGAAGCUGUAAUACUUGUUAAUUUAACUAGAUCUGUAAAAUCUAUGAGGAUUUGUCUACAUUUUAUGCGUUGAAUUUAAUCAUUAUGAUUGGUGCUUUUGAUUUUCAAACAAUAUGUUUAAGUGUCAAAAAUAUCUAAUUUAAUAUAUUUUAUGUAAAGACAUCUAAAGGUCCCGAUUUGCGUUAGUGUUUUACUCAAGAUACUUUCCUUUGUCGGCAGAAUUUGAGACACAACAUUAAUUGCAAUUUUGGCAGUAAGCAAUUAAAUAUGAUUACUUUUCAUCAAUUAAAUUAAUGUAUUGCCUAUAAUCCGAAUCUGCGGGGCGUGAAACUACAGCGACCUAGGUUGUUGCGGAUGUACAAUACCCUGUCACCAAGGUGAUCUAGCAAUCGAUAUGACAAGAUUCUGUGUACAUAUCAGUCGCCGAUGCCCUACAUGAUAAAUCUAAGACCACUGUAUUUAUUUUCAAUUAUAUUUUCUAGCCUUUUCAAAAAUUUACAAGUUCGGCAUUUCGCCGCUCCUCGAAAUAUUGGGGCGGCGGGCACUGCCCCUGCCGCCCAAGCUCCUACGCCCUUGAAGUAUACAUUUCAAAACCUCGAGGGAAAUUCUUUACCUAAAGGAUGCAUUUCAAAACCUCAAGAGAAUUUUUUUACUUAAAGGAUGCAUUUUAGAACCUCAAGGGAAAUUUUUUACCUGAAGUAUACAUUUUAAAAUCUCAAGAGAAAUGUUUUACCAAAAGGAUGCAUUUCAGAACCUCAAGAGAAAUGUUUUACCUAAAGUAUGCAUUUCAGAACCUCAAGGAUAACCUUUUUACUUUAAAUUUUCAUUUCAAAACUUCAAAGGAAAAACUUUAAGGGAAACUUGCUUUUUUUCUCAAGUUUACCUUAAUUAUACAUUUCAUAAUCUUAGGGAAACUCUUUUACCUAAAGUUUUCUUUUCAAAAUAAUGCAGGAAAUUCUUUAACCUUAAGUAUACAUUUCGCAAUUUUAUGGGAAACUCUUUACCCAAAGCAAACAUUUCACAAUUUAUAAGAAACUUUCACCCAAGGUAUACAUUUCAAAAUUGUGUGUGAAUCUUUUAUUUAUCACAGGUAUAUGUUACAAAGUUUUACAGGAAACCCUUUUACCUGAAGUGUACAGUUCACAAUAUUGUUUUGAAUAUGCAGUUUGCAAAGUUUUGAGUUGCUCACUUUAGACAUAAUGCAUCACAGAGCUAAAUAUAUGUAUACACAUGCUGCUUUACUGUAUGCUGGUUGUACUGUUUUGCUUAAAAAAUGUUUAAGAAUGUAAUACCUGUCUGUUGAUUAAUUGAUUGUAUAGAAUGUUUUAAUAUGAUAUAUGGAGAGAGUACGAAGAGUUCUUCACAUACUUUGAUUUUUGUAAUAGACAGUAAUUUGUAUGUGCACCAGCUGCGUAAAUGUAAAUAGUCGUCAUUACAAUGGACUUUAUAUCUAGGAAUGAAUGAGUGACAGUCAAUGUUAGUCCUGAAGCUGUUUGACAGUGAGUGCUGAUGCCUUUAUGUGAUGCAGGGAGGUAUUUUGUUUGUAACUGUAAUUUCCUAACAAUUGGAAUCCUAUCAAAAAUGUUGAAAAUUGGACAAAGCUCACUGUCUUCACCAUUUGCCUGCUGCUAAAGGGGAAAAUAUAAAAGGUUAGGGUGUGUUAUAUUUCACCAGUACUGCCAGUUAGAAAGUUCAUAGUCUACAAAACAAAUGAGAAAAAUUUGGGUGGGCAGUUUUCACCAAAUAAAAAUGCUUGAAAAACUAGAUUAUAACUUUUGUUUUAUAGGAAAACUGCCAAAAGCAUAAAUAAGUGCACUCAUCAAUGAUCUGGAGUGUUGUGAACAUUUCCUUGCCACAAAAUGGUUCCAGUUCACAUAUAAUAAUAGUCGGGUUUAAAAUAAGGUUGCACUGGCACUGUCUUGCUGUUAUACUGCUGUUAUACUGCUGUGGUAGAGUGUCUGCCUUAUGCGUGAGAAGUAUUGGGUUUGAGUCCCAGUCAGGGCGUAACUAUUUGCAGUCUGUUACAGCAUGUAUAUCUGCAGGGUUUCAGACUGUUCCAUCGUUCUGCCCUUUCAGCAAACAGUAUAAUAGAUUAUUGUUUAGCAAUCCAGUUCAUUCUAAUGACUUUAGUGGCUUGUUCUUGAUCUUAACACAAUUUCAAGAUCGUGAUAAUGAAUGCAGACUUGUUGUUGACCUUUACUUUUUACCUCAAGGCGAGUUGUGAUAACCCUGUGUCCAUUGUUUCCAUCAUCAACAGUUUGAUUGUUAACGUCUCAAGGUCAAAAUUUUUCAGAAUGUCACAUUCAAUAAAAUGUCAAAUAAAAUUGUGACUGGGUCAUCUUGGGUCAAAACCUCCAGAGGUGACAUUUCUGUGUUUGAUUGUAAUUAAUCUGAGUCACAUGACUGUUUGCCUGUGAAAUCUGGGUCAGCUUUAAAGGUGGGGUACCUGAGAUCAAAAACUAGGUCACAGGGUUAAAUCGUAGAAAAACCCUGUUAAUACUCUAGAGGCCACAUUCCCUGCCUUAUCUUCAUUAAACUUGGUCAGAAAAUUUGUCUGUUUAAAAUAUAGGAAAUUUUUUGUAAACUGGGUCAUUUGUUUUAAUAUUAAUUGCUAUUGCCUAAUCUUUGAAAUUCUCAGAAAAUGCUGGCCUGAAUUCAAAAUAGUUUCACAGCAAUAUUCUUUAGGUAACCUUCUACCAAUUUGGUCAAUCUAGUUUUGAAACUCAGGUGAGUGAUUUAGGGCCAUGUUGACCCUCUCGUUUCAAGGUCAUGUUAAAUGUAGUGUCUGUAUUUUAACCUUUCCCUUUUGUAAUGUUAAAGAAUACACAGUUAUGUUUUCACCUUCUUAUUUUUGAUGCUAUUAUUAUUGUAUUAUUGUCUUAUUAGUGAUCUAUACUUUAUCCGUAGGUCAUUCACUGUCUUGAUCUUCACCUUUACCUUUUCAAUGUCAGUAUAAUAAACAUACUGUGUUAGUAAUAGAUUUAUCAUUACCAUAACAUUUUAACAUACGUUGUUGCGAAUAUUUUACUUUUACAGUUCUUUAAACUGAUUUUAUAAGUUUCAGUGUCUUGUGAUAUAUGUUGUUGUUUGUACUGUUUUUUUAAUGCCAGAUAGAACAAACAUUGAUGUUCAAAAAGAUAUUUUGUUCAUUGAACAGAUUUAUUUAUAGCUGCAGUUUGUUAUUAUAUGACAGUUGGUGCCAUUAUCAUGACUUAAAAUUCAGAAUUUGAGCCGCACCAUGAGAAAAUCAACAUAGUGCAUUUGCGACCAGCAUGGAUCCAGAUCAGCCUGCACAUCCACACAGUCUGAUCAGGAUCCAUGCUGUUUUUAGCUUUCAAAGCCUAUUGCAGUUACAGAAACCAUUAGCAAACAGCAUGGAUCCUGAUCAGACUGCACGGAUGCGCAGGCUGGUCUGGAUCCAUGCUGGACGCAAAUGCACAAUGUUGGUUUUCUCACGGUGAGGCUCAAUUUUGUAUUCACAAUUUUUCUAUUGAUAUGUAAAAAAAAGCUGAAGAGAAGGAAGUUCACUGUUGAAACUGAGACUGGCCCAGCACUUUAUUUGAAAUAAAUUUCCUAAACAGAAAAAUGUCUUGCAUCCUGAUAAAUAUCUAUAGUCAAGAAACACACUGGCAUCAAAUUCCAGCAAAAGUCAUUUUCACAUUUAAGAAAAACUAUUUUGCUUAUUAAUGGUGGUUAAUCUGAUUUUGAUCAUUUAUACAUAUUUUUGUGUUCUUCAAAUGCUUGAUAUAUGUUAAAUUUGUACUGGAGGUAUUUUUUGAUAGUUUAAUCUCUAACAGAAUAUACUUAAAAUGAAAAAUGUCAUAUAAUUUGAUUCCCCACCUUUAAGUCGACUGUUAGUGUCUGUGAAGUCAAUGUUUUUCAUUCAUUAUUUUCCUAAUCUUUAAACCUUAACCAAAUA